ACCACUGCAGAGAUUCGUAUAAAAGCCAGCGCUGGGCAGGAGUCGAGCAUCAGUCAACGUUCGUUCUCAGCGUUCUACAACUUCACAGCAUCUCCAAAAUGUUCAAGGCUCUCAUGAUCUGCGCCGUUCUCGGCUUUGCCGCUGCCGUGUCUCCAGUGCAUCCAGUGCCAAUUCAUCCAGUGCCUGUGCAUCCAGUGCAUCCCGUGCAUCCAGUGCCUGUGCAUCCCGUGCCUGUGCAUCCCGUGCAUCCCGCUCCACACCCACACCCAGCUCCAGCUCAUCAUGCCGUCGUUGGCCGCGCUGAGGACGUGCACGCCGAGGUGACCAGCCGCAAGGAUGAUGUGCGCGCCGAUGGCUUCGACACCGGCUUUGAGACCAGCAACCACAUUCAGCAGGCCGCCAGCGGUGAUGUGCAUGGCAACAUCCAUGGCAGCUUCGGCUGGAUCUCGCCCGAGGGCCAGCAUGUGACCAUCUCCUAUGUGGCCAACGAGCAUGGCUAUCAGCCAACUGGUGAUGCUGUGCCCGCCAUUCCAGAGGCCAUCGUGCGCUCCCUUGCCUGGAAUGAGGCGCAUCCCCAUGGCGCUGAGCCCCACCACAAUCCCCAUCCCCAUCCCAUUGGCCACACUGUUCACCAUUAAGCUCUAAACUGGAGACUUAAUAUUGGACUAGGAAUGUUAAACGGACUUGUCUCAGGAACUUAUCGCUAGGUUUAAAGUAUUUGAUGUUAAAAAUUUUAAAUAAAAAAAUAAUGCAAUUUUAAAAAAUUAAAA